UCUGGAACGCUCAGACGCCGCGCAGGGCGGGGAUUGGCCGGCUCCCUUCCUGUGCGUUCGCCGCCGCCGUUCCUGGGACACCUGCUCACGGUGUCCCCGUACGGUGCUCAGCUCCCAACUUGAGCUCCGCGUCGCGGGGAGAAAGGCCGUGCGUCCCCGGCCUCCGACGGGAACCGCACUGAGCGUUCUCAGGGCAAGAUGAACGCGGACGCGGCGGCCGGGGAGCCCCUGCCCCGGCUCUGCUGCCUGGAGAAGGGUCCGAACGGCUACGGCUUCCACCUGCACGGGGAGAAGGGCAAGGUGGGCCAGUUUAUCCGGCUGGUGGAGCCUGGCUCGCCGGCCGAGAAGUCGGGGCUGCUGGCCGGGGACCGAUUGGUGGAGGUGAACGGCGAGAAUGUGGAGAAGGAGACGCAUCAGCAGGUGGUGAGCCGCAUCCGCGCGGCGCUCAACGCCGUGCGCCUGCUGGUGGUCGACCCCGCGACCGACGAGCAUCUCAAGAAGCUGGGCGUCCCGAUCGGGGAGGAUCUGCUGCGCUCCCAGAAGUCCGAACAAGCCGAGCCGCCAGCCGCCGCUGACGCGCAGGCUCAAAACCAGAAUGAGGCCGAAAAGAGCCACCUGGAACGGCGCGAGCUCCGGCCUCGGCUCUGCACCAUGAAGAAAGGCCCCAAUGGCUAUGGCUUCAACCUGCACAGCGACAAGUCUAAGCCAGGCCAGUUCAUCCGAGCAGUGGACCCAGACUCCCCCGCAGAGGCCUCUGGACUCCGGGCCCAAGACCGCAUUGUGGAGGUCAAUGGUGUCUGCAUGGAGGGCAAGCAGCAUGGGGACGUGGUGUCUGCCAUCAAGGCUGGAGGGGACGAGGCCAAGCUGCUGGUGGUGGACAAGGAGACUGAUGAGUUCUUCAAGAAGUGCAAAGUGAUCCCAUCACAGGAGCACCUGGAUGGCCCCUUGCCUGAGCCCUUCACCAAUGGAGAGAUACAGAAGGAGGGCAGCCGUGAAGCCCUGGUAGAGGCAGCCUCAGAGAGCCCCAGGCCAGCCCUGGCGAGAUCUGCCUCCAGCGAUACCAGUGAGGAGCUAAAUUCCCAAGACAGCCCCAAGAGACAGGAGUCCACAGAGCCCUCAUCUACCUCCUCCUCCUCUGACCCCAUCUUGGACUUCAACAUCUCCUUGGCCGUGGCUAAAGAGCGGGCCCACCAGAAGCGCAGUAGCAAGCGGGCCCCGCAGAUGGACUGGAGCAAGAAAAACGAACUAUUCAGCAACCUGUGAACACCGGCCACCCACGGGCCAGCGCUGGAGGGUGGAGCUGCCCACCCACCCAACCUAGCUCCCCCUCUUCCCCAGUCACCCACCAAUCAACAUUCAAAUCAGCAUCCCCCUCUUCCUGACAAAUCUGAUUUUCUUAGGAAUUCUGUUCUUGCCCACCUUAGGGAAGGGGAAGGUUUCUGUCCUGUCCCCUUACUCCUCCCUGAGGGCUUCAUCCUACCAGGUGUCCCCUCACCAGUCUGCCUAGGACAUCACCUGGACCUGCACCAAGCAUGGACCUUUAGACCUCCCUCGACUACAUGUGAUGACCAAGUCCAGGGCUGACCAGGGACUGACUGUUGCAGCCACUGCUCAUAAGAGGCAGGGUACCCGAGGUCCUCAAAGCUGUGGUUUGGCCUUCUUAGGUUUAUUUGAUUUUUUUUUUAUAUAGAGUGUAGCAUCUUUUAAUGAUUCUUAUGAUUUUCCUAGUUGUUUGUACCCAGAGCAUGGCAACAGCCUCAUCCUUAAAUUUUUGUUUCCACUUUAACCCCGAACGGCCUGGGCAGCACGGGGAACCCUGGCAGCCUCUGCCUGUCCUGGGCCAGGUGCCGCCAUUGUAAGGACGUGCCUUCAGAAAUUCACUGGUUCCUUUAAGCCA